CCUCUCCCCGACGUAGUUAAAUCACUCGGACGCAACCGACUCUCUCACCCACGCCGUCCUCGCUUCUUUCCUGCUCCCAGCCUUGUUACUCUGGUGGCGCUAGAACUUACUGCGCCCCCAGUUUUCGUACUUUCGCCAUACUACCCCGCGUCAUGGCGGACCAGGCAGAGGGCAAGGACCAGGCACUGGAAACCAACGGAGGGCACGAAGAAGACCAGGAGCUACAACAUGCGCAUAUAGAAUUGCCUUCUACCGACGCUUCUCACAGUCACAGCUCAGCGCCUCUGGUGAGCAGCAGCGGCUGGGAUGGCAAACUGCGUAUGCCUCCACGACAUGCAGUCUUGACCAACCCAGAUAUUCUUUCCGACCCAGAAUACUCAGAUCCUGAAGCCCCUCCUGUCGACGAGAUCGAAGCGGAUGAAGAUCUACUAGACGACUAUCCUCCCGACACCGAAGACAUUGACUUGGUACAUCUCCGAAUAUCCUCCAUACAAGCCCUCAAACUCGAACGUUUUACCAAUCUAAAAAGAAUAUGCCUACGUCAGAACGCCAUUACUUCCAUAUCUCUACCGGCCAACUGGGGCGAAAAGUUGGAAGAGCUAGACCUCUAUGACAAUCUGAUUUCGAGCAUUAAGGGAAUCGAGAACUUGACGAAUCUCACGAAUUUGGACUUCAGCUUCAACAAGAUCAAGCACAUCAAGCAUGUGAACCACCUACAUAAGUUGACUCAAUUGUACUUUGUCCAGAACCGAAUAUCAAGAAUCGAGAACCUCGAAGGCCUUGAAAACCUGACCACGAUAGAACUGGGUGCAAACAGGAUUCGGGAAAUCGAAAACCUCGAGCCUCUCCACCAGCUACAGGAACUGUGGCUAGGGAAGAACAAGAUCACAGAAAUCAAGAACCUGUCUGCCCUGACGAAUCUACGACUUCUAGAUAUCAAGUCCAACCGCCUGACAUCCAUUGAUGGACUUGAGGAUCUGACGAACCUCGAGGAACUCUAUGCGUCGCACAAUGCCAUCACCGAGAUUACGCCUUCUACCUUCGCCAACAAUUCCAAACUUCGUGUCCUAGAUAUCUCCAACAACCAGAUCUCGCGCCUCGCGAACAUCUCUCAUCUCAAAGAUCUCGAAGAAAUGUGGGCGAGCAGCAAUAAACUGGCCGAUUUCCGGGAAGUCGAGCGGGAGUUGGCCGACAAGGAGAAUCUCGAAACAGUCUACUUCGAGAUGAACCCUCUUCAAUUGUCUGCGCCGGCUGUGUAUAGGAACAAAGUGCGACUGGCUUUGCCCCAGGUGAAGCAAAUCGAUGCUACUUUUGUCAGAGUGUAGAACGCUUAACAGAGAACUCAUGUCUGCGACGGGUUGGACAACACACUGCCCAGUUUUGACAUGAGAUGGACAUGUGACGUUUAUCUUGCCGACGUACCGGACUACCGUCUUCAUAUGCACCAAAGUCACC